AUGCACCAUGCAUUCAGGCAGUUUAUGUCAUCCACUGAAGGUAGCCAAGUGCAGUCGCAUCCUACUCCUCCCACUUCCAUUCCCCCACCUCGGGCGGAGCGUGGUACUAGACCUAGCUCCGAUGUUUCGGAAACCUCCUCACAAUUAGGGGAGGAGGGGUCAGUGGAGCUAGGGGUAGCAGACACUCCUUUGUCUGAGGAGGAGGAACCAACACCUGAGCAGGUGACCUCUUCCGGUCUCUUUGAUCCGUCCGUUUUUCGCUCUCUCCUCAUAAAGGCCAUUGACACGGUAAAACUUACCUCGGCCCAGGAGGAGGCACCAUCUUCCUCGGCCAACCAGGAAGCAAACCCCUUGUUUGCGGAAAAGGUCAAGGAGGACCCGCAGAUCCCAUGUCCACUAGUCUUCAAGACUACGGUGGAAAAGCAGUGGGCUUCACUAGCUACCACGCCUUCCCAGAGCAGUUUGGACAAGAGGCUUUACAAUGUCUCUUCUUCCUUCUCUUCUCUUCUAGAAGUUCCAUCUGUAGAUGCUCCACUGACUUCUCUGUUCUCCAAUACCACAGUUCCCAGGGACAUGGCUGAAUUCUUGAAGGCUGAGGACAAAAAGUUUGAGUUCUCCUUUCAUGGGCCAGGCUCUGCAUCUGGCUCUGAGUCUUCUUGCUCCUCAGAGCCUUCUGCUGACUCCAAUGUGAACCCAGGGACCUCUUCCUCCUCAUCCGAUUCCUCAGAUUUGGCUGUUGGAUCUGCUGGCAGGCAAGAAAUCACAACAGGUAUCAAUUGUACUAUUGAAUCUCCAUUAAUUACUUGUGGCUUUCCUGAAAAACCUUUGACAGGGUUGCAAGGCUUAAUUAAGGACUGCUUCCAUUCCACAGUUCCUGAUAACUGUUUUGAACAGAGGCACUACUUUUAUUCUUGCAGACUUCAGUCGGUGUUUCCCAUUCAACUGACCAACUGGCAUCACAAAAAGAUUUCACUCCCCAUUACAAAUCUGUUGAAAACUAAGGGAGAAAGUAAGCUGAAGCUUAGCCAGCUGUUAAAAUGGACUGCCGAAUGUCAAGCCACAUUCAAAAAACUUAAGAGACUUUUUUCCACGGAGCCAGUGCUGAGGCACCCCGACCCAGAAAAACCAUUUGUGAUUCAAGCUGAUGCUAGUGAUGUAGCCAUAGGUGCAAUACUGCUUCAGAAGAAUCCGGAGGGUGGAUCUGUCGUCUUUUUAGGGUGGGGAAUGUGUCAGGACCCCUCAAAUAGAUUUGCCUACAGUAUAUUGUUUGUACCUAUGUAUUCUUUUUCGGGGCCUGCCAUUCUGUUGGGAGGGGGGUUGGUUGGCUGGGGGAAUGUAUUUGCCUUGCUCUGCUUUGCCUUCCCUCUGUGUGAAAAGAAUGUGGCUUAAAAAUAUCUGUCUUAUCUCCAGACGAUGGAGCCUGACACUGUUGGGAAACGAAACUGAGAGAGACCUAGAUCAUAGAUUCUCAAAACAACCUAGUACCUAUGGAUUGGCUGGAUUUCAAGUGGAUGUUUGGAUAUGGUGGGAGGAAACCUGAAUUGGCCUUUUGAUGUAACCUUUCGUGCAUAAAAUCUUGCUUUGCCUUCCUGCUAUCACUAAUGCUCAAUAAAAGUUCCUUUUGAAACAA